AUGGAUGUGGCAACCUCUGCCUCUAGUUAUGUGACCUCUCCGGACGACCGUAUCAAGCUCAACAUCGGCGGGAAGCUCUUCGAGACGACGCUAGCCGUACUUCGUUCCGGUGGUUCGGAUUCCCUACUCACCGCCCUCUCCCUCCUUGACACCAGCAAUAACCACCCUGUUUUCAUUGACCGCGACCCCGAGAUCUUCUCCGUCCUCCCCUCUCUCCUCCGCACCAAGCAGCUCCCUCCACAGCUCGUCGUUUCUCCAAGCAAGAACUCGCCGAUGAAGCCCUUUACUACGGCAUCGACGCCCAACUCAGACGAAAUUGAUUCGAUUUGCCGUGUCUGGCCCGAAAUUGCGGCUAUAGGGUCAGAAUCCAACGCGGGACUGCACUUCUACGAUUUCUCCGAUGGGCGCAACAUCGGGACGGUUCAGUGGACUGAUCCUUCUGAUCCCCGUAUCUUCAAGGCCCGAGUGAACGCAAUAGCUGGCUCAGAGAGUUCCAUUUUUGCGGCGUUUGAUUGCCCGCACAGAGAGAAUUGUGUCCUUGAAGUAGAUAAAACAAAGCUUCAGAUCGUGUCUCAGCUCGCUAGACAAUCUGGUAAUCAGGCUAAGCAUACGGUUCCUGGGAAGCUGACGUGGGUACCCCAGACCAGCGUGAUUGUCGGAAGUGCAGUUACGAGCGGGGCUUUUGGAUACUCUGGCUACAUCAGAUUGUGGGACCCUCGUUCCGGCGAGGUGGUGUGGGAGACGAAUGAGCCGGGUGCAGGUAGAAGCAGUAGGUUUGGGGAUUCGUUUGCGCGCGUGGACGUCGACGUGGAAGGCUUGGCUUUGUUCAAGCUCUGCUCUCAAUCCGGGGAUUUGGCAAUGGCGGGCAUGCGGCAUUUAAAAGAGGAUCCGUGGAUUUAUUUGCAAGAAAGGAACCCAAGCUUGGUGAACACCGGGAGAGUUAGCAGCAGUGUGAUUCAUUGUUACAGGAAGCAGGCGUUUGUCGGGAGAGAGGGUGAUUUAGAGGUUUGGUCCAGACUCGAAGGGAUGAAAAAUGGUGCAGAAAUAGCUGGUGGAGAUGCUGAGGGUUUGUAUAGAAGAAAUUUCGUGGAUAAAAUAGAGAAUUCAGAGAGGGGGGGAUUAUUAAGCAGAUCGAUGGUGGUGGGAACAGGUUGUUUAUUAGCAGAGAAGAGGUUGAAGGUAUUGAAGUAUGGGAGAGUUCUUGUUCUUCUGGCUCGAUUUCAGUUUUGUGAUGAAGGAAUUGUCAUGGCUAUGAGAAUUUGGUCUCAAACCGGCUUUAUUUAG